GAACAAUAUGCUUCUUUUUAGAAGCAUUCCACUUGAGGUGUUCCUUUUACUGCUUUUACAGCAUGCAUGCGCUCAAGAGGAAUAUGGUUUAGACUCUUCAGAAUACCAUAGUGAAGAUGAUGGUGAAAGUCAUGGGCAUCCAGACUAUUCAAAAUAUUAUAAUGUGGAUGCACCCUCUCAACAGAGCAUUCCGUUGGCAGGAUUUGUUGGUUCUUCAGAUUUUCCAAGCUUUUUUGCCCCACAGGCAGUAGAAUAUGCUGGAAGCAAUAAGAAGCCUUUGACUUUGCCUCCAAUCAACUUCGUUCCACAACAACAGCAGACUCAAUCACUACCUAUAUUUUCUCAGACAAACCAAGCUACAAAUUUCCCCGCGAGAGAUUAUUUUGAAGAAGCUCAGAACAAGCAGCUGCAACAAGAACAGCAGCAAAUUAAAGAAGAUUACAUAAAACCAGGUCCAAAUUAUAUAUCUUACCAAUUACCUCUACUCAGUGCAGCAACUGCUAAUGCUGAUGAUGUAGAGAGAAUUCCUCCUAGACCUAACCAACCCAAGAAAAGUAACAGCGAUGAAUCUGAUAUUUUCAAAAAUGAAGAUGAGGAGGCUGAAAAAGAAAUAGCUCAAAAAAAUGAUGCCUAUUUAGGUAAUUUGAAUUCCAAACCUUUUGUGAAUUACAAUACAGGUAAAUCAAGCUCAACUGUGUCUCAGUACCCAUCAGCAUCUGGUGUCGUUGAUAUUCCGAGUAGUCAACUAUCACCAUAUCAGAAAUAUAGUUUUCAGCCCAUCGUACAAGCAUCUCGUGUUUUACCUAGCAAAUAUUAUGAUACUGGUGCACCGUUUAACCCUUCCUACCAGAAGAAAACGAUAACUCAAGGUUCUCUUGAAGGUCAAGAAACGGAAGGCGUUCCUAGUCCUAGUCAUUUAAAUAAUCAUAAUUGUCGAAAACUCUCUAGUUCAUCGUUAGAGAAUUGUUUUGAGUGUGUGAAUGACGAAACUCAAUCCAAAUACACACAAUGUUCUUAUACUUCUGACAAAAAACCGUCGCAAUAUAAUAACGGAUUUUCGGAAAGAUACUCUGCACCCUCAAGAGAUGAUCACUACAGAUACAGGAGGUACACGGAUAAAAAAGAUGAUCCUUAUUAUAUCAUAAGAAACAGAUCUAUUAAGGGAUUCACAGGUAUUCCUGACGACUACAGCGCUGGUUUCCAAUAUGAACCAGAGUCCUAUGACGAAAGUAGCCCAGAAUUAAGUUAUUCGGAGAAACAGUCCGAAGAACUGAAAAAGAAUCCUCAAAAUUGCCAAAAAGUUGAGAAAGAAGGCUCGACCUGUACUGUUUGUAAAGAUCCUGCAAGUGGUGCCAAUUUUGAACAAUGUUCAUACACUUCAGCACCUUCUGAGAAAAAAUAUGCAUAUGUUAAGGAGAAGAAAUAUGACAGCAAUGACGACCCCGAAGAAACUAAAACUAUAACAAAAGUUGAGAAUGCUCCUUCUUCAACAAUUGCACCCAGUGAGACUAAGGUAGAACCACGAACGGCCACAAAACAUACUGAGCCAAUUGCGAAACAGGAUCAAACAAUACAACAAAAGUCUCCUAAAAAAAGGAAUGAUGAUCCCUUAUUGUACGAAAAUUAUAAAAAAAACAGGGACAGCAGCAGAGCACGUUACGAAAAUGAGAAACUCAAUCCUCCUUUAAACUUUGCCGAUAGUAUUGUGAAAGAAUCUAGAGAGCAAAGAAAAGAAUCCGAAAAUGACCGGUCUUCCAAAGAUUUUGAUGAAUACCAUUUCAAAUUAUUUCCAGAGCUAGCACUAGAAGAGUCUAAAAAUGAAGAAACUAGAGAAGAGGAGGAAGGUGAAGCGGAGGAAUAUAGAAUUCCUGAAUCUACAAAACAAAACGUGGAAGAAGUUUUAGCUGAGUUCACAAAAAAAGAUAGAUCGAAUUGCAAGAAAUCUGAGAAAAAUGGAAUGACAUGUUUCCUUUGCGUAGACAAAAAUAAGCUCCAGCAUGAAGAAUGUAUGUACGUACAAGAAUCUCGACCUCAAUCCACACAUGUUGCUUAUCAUCAGUUAAAAGGCAUAAAAAAAAUAGAAAAUGAUGGACAACCAAACGAGUCUCAGAAUAAACCAAUUCUAACAGAAGCUGAAAAAAAUCAAUUACUUAAAAAAGAAACAGGGCCUGAAUCUUUACAAACGUCGGCCUCAGAAGGAGUAGAAAAAAAAGUACCUUAUAAAGUGAAGAAGAAUAUUUAUAAGAAAAAAAGAAGUGCAAAGAAAGGCAAAAAGAAAGCUGCCGAACCAGAACCUACUAUAAAAACACCAGCUGAAUUUGAUGUGGGUAAUGAGGAAGGUGCUUUCAGUGCAGAAACAAAACCAGCUUUUAGUAAACUGCAUGGAGUUCAACUACCGAAAUACAUGGUAGAAAAGUCUGAAUAUGAAAAAGAAUUUGAUGCAUUCUCGGGUGCACAUUAAAAUCUUUUUAUUUGUGAUAAAAAUACUAUG